AUGGCUUCGCCUUCCUACUCAUCGUCCGGUGGCGAUACUCUGCUGAGCCCAGAGCCUAUCUCCCUCGGGCCGGCUGCAUCCCCUCUCCACCCAUCAACCAUCUUCGACGUUGAAGGCCUUGUUGUUGUCAUUACAGGUGGCGGUACUGGUAUCGGCCUUAUGAUGGCCACUGCGUUGGAGACCAAUGGUGCGACGGUGUACAUCGUCGGACGUCGGAUGGAUGUGCUAGAGAAAGCAGCGAAGGAGAACAGUAAAUAUGAUAAGAUUAUUCCGGUAGAAGGCGAUAUAACGAAACGAGAAAGUCUACUGUCGAUUGUCGAGGUUGUGAGAGCUCGACAUGGGUACAUUGACCUGCUAAUCAACAACGCAGGGAUUGCGCGAAAUCUCUACUCGCAUCCCCUACCUUCUCCGACGGAUCCAUCAGACCCCUCCCAUCUGCCUUCACCACCUGGCUCUCCAUUUCCACAGGCAGCUGGGCCACCAACACCGUCGAUUAAGGCGUUCCAAAAUGCGCUCUGGGACACCGGGUCUCCAGAGGACUUCGCGGAUACCUUUGCCACUAAUGUCUCGGCUGUCUAUUACACCACAAUCGCGUUCCUCGACCUCCUCCACCAGGGAAAUAUUCGGCGACAGCGGUUGGACUUCCCAACAACCUCCGCCGGCCUCGGACUGCUGCCCCACUACACCUCCCAUGUUUUAUCUGUCUCCUCAUCCGGAUCGUUCCGACUGGAUUCGAAGGUGCUCUCGCCUUCGUAUACGUUAUCGAAGAGCGCCUGUACGCACUUGGGCAAAAUGAUGGCGAACCUGCUCGCGCCGUGGGGCAUCAGGAGCAAUGUCCUGGCACCUGGGGUAUGGCCAAGCGAAAUGACGACAUUGCCCGUUACUGCGACAUCCAAGUUGAACCCUCAGGCCUUGGCAGAUACGGUGCCACUGAAAAGAGUGGGCACGCAGGAGGAUAUGGCUGGAACGAUCCUUUUCCUCGCAAGCCGCGCUGGUGCCUACGUCAACGGCGCGGUGUGGCUGGUCGACGGCGGUCGCGUCGGCACUGUGGCUAGCACGUACUGA